ACCGUAAGAGAGUGAAAAAUACAAAGUUUGUUGAUAAUAUGAAAUCGAUCUUGGUUUUUUUAAACGACACUUAAAUAGCACGUUACUGCAGUUAUUUUGCUUAAUUGCCUACUUUUGUGUUCGUAACGGAUUCUGUUUAUCUAAGUCAGCGAAGGAAAACUUGAAAAGCGAAUUCCAGAAUGGAUGCAUAAGAUAUGUUUGAUGGCGAGUGUUGCUAGGUACAAUCUAGUGACAUCUAUGAUCCCAGAACAGGACGAUGACUUUUUACAAAUUUUGGACGAGGAUACCGUUCUGAAUGGGCUACGAAAUGAGACUAGUCCGACGAAAAGAAUUUCAAUUUUAGAAAGCUUACGUAUGUCAGUUCGUCGCAACGGUGGACAACUACAAAUACAAGAACGGUUAGCUUUGUUCAACGCCAUUCACGAUGUGUUGCUUGAUAACGAUGUGAAUACACGAUUAGCUUGUCUCAACCUGUUGUGUGAAGUAAUACCAGACUUUGGGAAUGGCUUAGACGAAUGUAUUGGUUUGGUUUUACCUCAAGUGAUAGUUUUUAUUGGUCACAAUCAAGUUUCAUUGAAAAAAUUAGCAGUACAAACUCUUCAUGUGUAUAUGAGGCAUUCCGAGCAUUUGGAAAAUGUACUCAAUGCGAUAAUCAAAGUCGGACUUGAGAGCGAGAACGAAGACACGCGAAUGGAGAGCUUAAUCGCUCUGCCAAUUUUGAUUACUCCCAAUUUUGCCAAUGAAGAUUUAUUUCCCCUUACAGAAGCUUUAGCUAGGAGAAUCGCAGGCAGUGCUGUUGAUUCUUCCUUAACAUCAGAUACAAGCUCUUUGGCUCUUAUAUCACUUGAAAGAAUUAGGAAAGUUGUUGGUAAAGUUAACUUUGAAAGAUAUGUACAACAAUUGCAGCCACGGUUUCAGAAUGUUCUUAAUGAAUCCAUGAAGUCUUUAGCAAUUGCCUUAAGUAAAGAAAAAUCUCGAAAGAGUAGAAGUGCUGGAAUAUCACUUGAAGAUACAUCAAGAGUUGGUAAGACUAACCUGGACAGAGGCUUUACCAUUGCCAACAUGAAUGAUGAGCAAAGUGCAAAAUUUGAUGGGUCAUAUUUGCCGUCAAGAAUUUCAAUACGUCUAACAGAUUCUGAUUGGCGAGCGAAAGAACAAGGUAUAGAUGAUUUAAGGUCUUGGUUGAAUGAUAAACAUAAUAUUCACUGCCUGUUACCACACCUGGAGCAUUUUAUGUGUGUAUUGAAGGAAUUAUUGAAUGAUUCAAAUUUCAAAGUAAAUCUAAGUUGUCUUCAAUUGUUCAGCGUAAUUAUUGAUGAAUUGGGUGUGCAGAUUGAAGGAUAUUUGGAUUUAUUUGUUAAUGUUCUUGCUUCAAAGCUGGGUGAUAACAAAAGCAUUAUGAAGCAGACUAACAUGCUGGUUUUCAAGAAGUUGAUGCAAAACAUUUCACCAAACAAAGUUCUCUUCUUCCUAAAGGACAACAUUAAACAUCGUAAUUCACGUGUGCGCGAGGAAACAUUGAAUGUUUUCAUUGCUGCUUUGUUGACAUUUCCAAGUAAUAAAUUUGACCUUCCUCAGGUUACUAGUUAUAUUGCUCCUGCAUUGAUGGAUACUAAAAGCCGUGUUAGGCAUGCCGCUUUGGAAGCAUUUGCUGUUAUAAAUCAGGUACUUGGUCCUAGUAAUCUGCAGCCUCUUGUAUCAGUUGUUGAUAAAAUUGAACUCCAGGUGGGAGGAGAGGGUGUAAUGGCUGCUGUUCAAGCAAGAUUUGCCCGAAGACAGCUUCCAAAAUUAAAUCCUGAUGGCCUAGUUGCAUACGCAAUUUCUCUGCAUUCCAUUGGAUCAGCUAAAGUGAACGCCAAUCUUUCUCCAAGAGGGGCUGAUGUAGAAUGGAUUCUUGCUGCUGGUCUGGCCUCUGACUGCCCUUUAUCAGCAAGAUCUACUCCUGGAGUGAAUGAUUCAGCUGCUAACAAUACACGACAUCAUCUUAGUGCAGGGAAAAACAGACUUCCUUGGGAAAUAAAUAAACUGACCUUGGAGACAAGAGAGGAACAUCCGCGAAAAAUCAAACCAUCCUGGGAGGAUAGUCAUAAACAACAUAGAACAAUUGGGGAACCGUCGUCAUACUCUGUGAAAUACAACAACCGCAAAGUAUCAUCCAAGGAUAGCAACUCAUUUGGAUCAUCCAAGGAUGGUAACUCAUUUGGAUCAUCCAGGGAUUACAAUUUAUUGGGAUCUUUCAAGGAUACUAAUCCGUUCGGACCAUCAAACGUUAUGUCUACGUAUUCUCAGCUGUAUAAAAACAAGUCGGAGAAACGUGAUGUUUCUAGAAAAUCAAUGAAAGAGAAUAAUCUAAGACCAAUAGUGAACGGUACAAAUGGUUACUCCUUGAUAUAUAAAAAAGGUACUCAUUCAGAAAAUGGAACUUUGAGAAAGAGUAAUCAGCGAUCUCUUGCACGGAACAAUUCCAUCGGUGCUAAGUCCCUUAGCCCGUUUGACUCACAUCUUCCGAAGUCGCUUGGUACGCGACGAAACACGACCAAUAUGAUUGGUGUAACAAACAACACUAACCUAUCAACAUCACUUCCUGAUUGGUCAGAACUGUCCGAUAGACAAAAGAAGCUAUUGUCGCCAGUCUCCAGUGGCAUAAAUCGUGAAGAAGAAUUGUUAAGUUCGUCAGCUGAAAGACACGAUUGUCAUAAUGAAACUCCCAUUCAAACUAAACCAACCCUUGUCAGGUCUGCGUCCAAGAAAGACCGUCUUUUAAAGUCAAUCGAUGUGUCCGAUGUUACUAGUCCUAGACUCUCCAAAGAAACUAGUGCUAUAUCCCUCUCUCCAGUACCACCUCGAAAGGCAAAUACCAAUGCUCAUCAAUUGAGAUCAGUUGAAAAGAUGGCCUCAACAAUGACGUCACAAACAGAGAAUAAUCCUGAGUUGGACUCUCUGAGAGGGUGUAGAACUUGGUCAGCUGGUUCACGGAAGAACGUAGGUGAAGAUCUUCCCUUUGAAACCAGACCACGUAUUCCUCGAACUCCAGUAAGGCGCAAGUCAUCGUCUGACGUCAUAAUUGGCUCUCCCCUUGACCUGACUAUUGGUAAUACGCGUGCAACCCGCUGCCAUUCACGUGAUAAAAGUGCACGUGAUACACAUGUAGAUGACAUUCGAUCUUUAAAAAUUGAUGAUAAUACAAAUGUAAAGAAAAAAAUGGAGGUUAUUGGUCAUAAACUAGACGCUUCUGAGAAUAAUGGCAAUCAAAAGAUGACGUCAACAUUGGGAUCUACUUCUGGUGUUGGCAGUAGUCUGGAGGAGUCGGGAGAGUUGAAGAAUCGCUUUUUUGACAAUGAGCAAAAUGUUGAGGUUGAGAAUGUCGAGUAUGAGUCUGAGUACGAGGAAGAUACGGACUCUGACGUUAGUCUGACCACAUCGAAUGACAGUCCCAUGAAAGAUGGUGAAUUAUUGAAGGACUAUGAGUUACAUGUUCAUAAAUUGGAUCACAGCGGUACAUCUAGUGAUUCCAUUGAUGAAGAUGAAAGUGAUAGAGAAAGCUUGGAUGAUAGUGACGGAUGCAAUGAAUCUGAUGAGGAUUUCAUUCGUAAACUGCCGUCGUCGGAAGAAGAAAACAACCAUUACCGAACCGAACGACAGAGCCUUUCAAAGUCGACCCGUGAGCGGAUGGAACGAAAGAGGAUUGAAGAGGAGCAACGUAUUAUUCGGGAACGCCAUAGGAUUGAAGAAUUGGAGAGACAGAAUCAACUUAAGCUGGAGUCGAAGGAACAGAGUUUACAAGAAAAGUUAGCAAAGGAACAACAAGAAAUUGAGAACUUGAUAAAACGAAAAGAGAAAGAGCGCAAAAAGGAAAGAAAGAUAGAGUCGAAGAAGUGCGAAGAGACUGAACACGAACAUUUAUUAAGCAGUCGGAACGAAAUAGAAGAAAUGGAGCAUGCAAGGAAGGUCUUUAGACAAAGAGAACGCGUAGACACGUUAAAAAGAUUACAACGAAAAAAGGAAAUGGAUAAUGUACAAGUGAAUAGUCUUGCUAUCCAAGGAUAUCAUCCACCUUCACUGGAUAACGUAGGAAAACUUGAGCCUGUUGUAGGAAGACCAGCGGUCAACGAGAUAACAGCUUUAGGCAGUUCUACUAUAAGCCAACCACACAUUUCACCAUUGCCUUCCCGUACAGUGGUCAGUAGACCUCCCGCUAACAAAAGAAAAUCCACUAACGCAAGAGUUGCUGCUCGUGUCACAUCAUGUCAGGAUAACGGAGAGAAUAUUAAACAAUCCCAGGGUUUUGCCUUAUCCAUAAAUUCUACAAUUCCAAUUUGGGAAGUGACUGAGCAGGAGUUAAAACCAUUUUCAAGUUGUGAUAAUGCUUUGAAAAGCACUUUGAAACUUCUGGCAGAUGCAGAAUGGGAAUCAAAAUGCAGUGGUCUUCUCUCUGUCCGACGUCUUAUUCGUCAUCAUUCAGUUAAUUUUUGUGAACAACUUCAUGUCUUCAUCCUGGCUGUUGUAGCUGAGGUGAAGAAUCUUCGUUCUCAGGUUUCUCGCGCGGCUAUAUUCACUCUGGGAGAUAUGUUUACUUGUCUCGAAAAGCACAUGGACUUGGAUAUUGACGUCACCACCAGUGCUUUAUUAAAGAAAGCAGGCGAGUCUAGUAGUUUCAUUCGAGGUGAUGUUGACAAUGCCUUGCUCGCUAUGAUAAAAUCUGUAUCUCCUGGUAAAGCUUUGGCAGCUUUAGUAACCGGAGGUUGUGGACACCGUAAUGUGAACGUCCGUAAAACUUGUGCUCAAUAUAUAAUGAAUUUAAGUGAAGGACUUGGUGCUGCUCGUUGUCUUAAUGGUUCCAAAGAGUUAACAGAAAGAAUCUUGGUAGCUGCUGCAGAAUUUGUAUCUGAUGGUGGGGCUUUGACCAGAUAUUAUGGUCGACGUAUUUUAUACAUGCUUGACGGCCAUAAUGACUUUGAAAGAAUGUUGAAUAAAUAUCUUCCUGCAAAAUCUCUUAAUCCAACGAUGACUAUUAUUGAAAAUAUGAGAAUCAAGGGUUUAGGUGAUACGCCCAACGACAUGAGUUCGGCUCGUGUUCGUAAAGAUGCGGUAAAUAGCGGAGUUAGUUCGCGGAGUUCACGAGGUUCGAGCGUCAUGUCAUCAGAUGCCACAUCAAGUGUAGCUAGCAAUGUUGUCUCUCCUGUCACCAGGGAAAACUCGAGAAAACGAGCUAGGCGACUGUCUUUUGAGACUACCUCUCAACAGGACCAAGAGAUAAUCGCCAAUCUUAUUGAACAACUCUCGAGUAAAGAUUGGCAGCAGAGAAUCAAAGCAAUUGACGACAUGAUUGAAAUGAUUGAGACACGUAUCGUUUUAUUCUCUGCCAAUAUUGUUAAGAUAAUGGAUGGAUUUGUUCCACGUCUUGUGGACAACAACAGCAAGGUAAAUCUUCAUGCUCUUCAAUGCUUACUUCGUGUUGUUCCGACAUUGCGAGAUGUUCUCUCCAGUUGUCUGUCGUCAUUGCUUCCGGCAGUUGGAAAGAAUCUGACAUCAAAAAAUGUCAACAUUUCUAGCACGGCUGAGAAUGUCUUAGAUAGUUUUAUUAAACAUCUUGAUAAUGGUCGUCUGUUGCAGCCACUGUGUCAAUUCAUUGGUGCAGUCCAUAAUAAAACUGCAAUAAUGAAGUUAUUGAUCAUAAUCAAAGAUGUUUAUACAAGGAAACCUACGAUGGUGAUCAAAUACUCUGUACCUGUCCUGUGGAAGUUACUUGAGCCAGCACGAAGUGCGUCCUUUGCUAGCAGUACCAUAAGGGAGGCUGUCCAUGACUUUGCUAAUUAUCUUUAUUCUCUUAUGGGACAAUCGUUGUUCGAUCUUGCUCAAGCGAAGUCAAAUCGUGUUAGUCAGCGCCUUCGUGAGCUUCUUGAAUGAUGGAUGACCUCUUAAGCUUCAUGAUCAUGACGUCAAAUAGGCAACAUUAUAAUCACGUCAUAAAGUGACACUGGUCAAAAUGAGGCAGUUGUCUUUUUUUGGACAGCCCCCCUGCCCCCCUUCCAUUUCAAGAGUAUAGUGUCGUAAGGUAUGAAUCCAGUUAAAUUUGGAAUGUUGCAUAUCUUACAUCGUGUUGAUAUUUAAAAUAUAAAGACAAUGCAUAUAUAAUAUAUAAUAUAUUUACAUAGAUUUUUAACGUAAGUGUUGUACAUUAAUUUACGUAUGGUAAUAGAAUACUGUGGAAUAUUUUAUUAAAGAUUGAAUUUUGAA